GGUUCUUCAAAGAUGAAGCCAAAAAGUGGGAAGGCUGAGGGAAAUGUUCCAAAUCGCCCAAAAUACAACAAAAAAGAACAGAAAUCAGCCACAAAACGAAAGUUCGGUAAUGUCCAAAAGCGAUGGAAGGAAGAAGAUAAAGAAAUAAAAGACAUUUCGACUAAAUACAAGAGUUUGAAAAGAGGCUCAUGCGAGAAGUUUGCAGAUUUCCCUCUCUCCAGCAAGACUCAACAAGGUCUAGAACUUUCCAAGUUUGUAAUCCCAACUGAGAUUCAGCGAGAGACAAUAGGGCUCGGCAUAAAAGGCCAUGACAUCCUAGGCGCUGCUAAGACAGGCUCGGGCAAGACUCUUGCCUUCGUCAUUCCAGUCCUUGAGUGUCUAUGGCGACAGAAAUGGAGCUCAAACGAUGGCUUGGGAGCAUUAAUUAUUUCCCCAACCAGGGAGCUGGCGUACCAAACAUUUGAAGUUCUGAGAAAAGUUGGC